AAAACCCUAACUACAAAUAAGAGAAAGAUGACAUGUAGAAGCAUCUAUCCCUUGUUUCUAAGUUUCAUCUCUCAUAGUCUCACCUCACUCCCACUCUUCACCCUUUUAGGACCCUUUCAAUUUUCUCCUCUCUCUAAUUCUCUCUUUUUAAGAAAGGAAGGCCCUUAUUUUGGGUUUCUUCCAUUUACAUUUUACACCAAACGAAAAACUUAACCAAAAAAAAAAAAAGAAAAGGAAAAACUAUGCGUUCUGUUAAAUAUGGUGCUCAUCAUCCACAGCUACAGCAGUUAAUGGAUGAUGACGGUUCCUCUUCUUCUUCAGUUUUCUCCAUUUCCGAUCCUCAUCAUCAACAACAACAACAACAAUCAAUUUUUCAUCCAAAUUACUCAUUACAUUCUCAACAGCAAAACCUUUCCCAGCAACAUUCAGUUCCUGUUACCCAUCAGCUUUUCCAACAUCAUCAUCAUCAGUUUCAACCAUUUCAACAACAACCAGAACCUGCUCAUCAUCAUGUCCAUCCACUACCCUUUUUGGCAAUCAAUUUCAAGUUGGGUCUUGAUGAAAAUAGUGGGAAGAAAGAGGCUGCUUUAGCUUUGAAUCAUCAACAAAAUGAUGCUGCUUUUCUCCAUGGAAACGAGCUACAUGUUCCAGAGAAUCGCCGGCCACAACAACAUUCCAUUUUGAUGCCCCAUUGUUGGCAUCCCCAAGAAGAUUCUCCCAUCAAAGAACCCUUUUGGAAGCCCCUAGACAGAUGUGAAGAUAGGCAGUGCAAUGGAGAUGAAGCUAGAGAGAUAGAGAGGAAUAAGUGCAACAAGGUUUUGCUACAAACGGCUACAUUUACAGGUGAGAGAAGCAAGAAUUUGGAUAACAAAUAUAGACUAUUUGGUGAGCUUGAAGCUAUUUAUGGCCUUGCAAAGGGUAGAGAAACUACUCAUGCUGGUUCUGGGUCCGCUCUCACUGGUGAAAAUUCACCUGCAAAUGUUGGUAUUUCCAUGCCCUUAAGUGAAUUUCAAGGGCAUAAUGUAGGUGCAAUUGAUGGGGUUGGUAAUCUUGCAACCGGGGUUGAUCAUGGAUCGGAGACUUCUAUUGGAGAAGAAGCUUCAUUAAGGAAGAUUCAAAAGAAGAGGAGGAAGAAGAAAAUGAAAGAGCAAUUGAGUUCAAUGGUUGUGUUUUUUGAGAGUUUGGUGAAGCAAGUGACGGAACAUCAAGAGGGUCUUCAUAAAAGGUUCUUGGAAGUGAUUGAAAGAAUGGAUAAAGAAAGGUCAGUGAAAGAAGAAUCGUGGAGGCGACAAGAGGCUGAAAAGCGUAAUAGAGAAGCCAUUGCAAGAGCGCAUGAACAAGCUUUAGCUUCAAGUAAAGAGGCUCUUAUUGUUUCGUAUUUGGAGAAAAUUACAGGUCAAAGCAUCAAUCUUCCGGCAAGAACUCCAUUGUUACUGCAGCCAGAUAAUGCAAUUGAACCUUUUAAUGAAAGCAUGCCUGUGAAGGUUGAUAACAAUAGCAGGUGGCCUAGAGCUGAAGUUGAGGCCUUGAUUCAAGUGCGAUGUCACUUAGAGUCAAAUUUUCGAGAAUCUGGAUUAAAGGGGCCUCUUUGGGAAGAGGUGAGCUCUUUCAUGGCUUCCUUUGGUUAUCAAAGAAGUGCAAAAAGGUGCAAAGAAAAAUGGGAGAACAUAAACAAGUAUUUCAGGAAGAGCAAAGAAAAUGGUAAGAAGCGCUCUCAGCAAUCUAAAACCUGCCCUUAUUUUGAGCAAUUGGAUCAGCUCUACUCAAGAAUACCCAUUACUUCUCCCACUUCGCCUGCGCCUUUGAUUAACAGUGAUAUUGAGAUGCAACAGCAAGGUGAUUCAGACUUUUUAGAUGCCUAUAUACCUGAGAGAGACCUUGGGAUUACACCAGUUAACGCUAGUGGGAACCUUAAAGUUUCUGAAAUGAACUCCCCAAAAAUGGACUUUGAUGGCGCAGUUGCUAAGAAUGUAGUACAAGGAAGCAAUGGAAAGGACAAUGAAAGCCAUGGAAAUUACGUGGAGAAUGAGGGUGACCAAGAAGAUGAUGAUAAUGACAGUUAUGGGGGAGAAUGAGAAUUGAGGUGAACGUAAAGAAUGGAAUGGUAAAAGUCGGUCUGCUACAAGGUAAUUCUUUUUCCACUCUCAAAGAUGUUCAAAGCCAAUGGUGUGUUUAGUUCCACAAUAUUGCUAUUAACUUUUGAGUUUGAGCUAAAUUUUCAUUAAAACUGACUGUUUAUAAGCAAUAUGUUCGACCAAAUAUGUUAGGCCGUGAAUUACUAAUCUCAAUCCAUCUAAAAAUGGUUGAUCAAAAAUUAAAUGAAUGUAGACAUCUCUCAUUUAUGUGGUAGGCAUUACUUUUUUCUUAUUCUUUGUUUUUUCUUUUGUUUCAUCUGCCUAUGGACCAUGUAUAGUUUUGGUCCAACAAUCCAUUUUUAGUUUCAAAAUUUGAAUCUCAGUCUAUGUCUUACUCUUCUGUUCACAAUA